CAAAUAAAUAAACAGAGAGAGAGGGAGAGAGAUAACCUGUGCUGCAGUGGACUGUGUGGAUUAGAUGUGCUCUAAAAUUGAGAUGAAGUGGACGUUGCUGGCAGCUUUGUCUCUACUGCUGUGUUUUGGCUCAUCUUGCUGUGAUGAUGCUCAAGAACAGUUCUUGUCUCCUACUAUCAUCAAUAAUGUGGUCCAGGACCCUCAAACCGGCCGAAUCUACCUUGGAGCUGUCAAUGGGAUCUUUCAGCUGAACCAUAAUCUACAGGAGGAGAGCAGAGCAGACACAGGCCCUAAGAAAGACAACCCACAAUGCGCUCCACCGAUCACUGCGCAGUGCACCGAUGCGAAGGAAAUGGACAACAUUAACAAACUCCUUCUGGUUAACUCGGCCAAUGGCACCUUGAUUGUUUGUGGAAGCCUUUUCAGGGGCAUCUGCUCUUUGGUAAACCUCAACAAUGUGAAUAAACCGGUGUACUACAGUGACACCAAAGGAGAGAAGACUUACGUUGCAAGCACUGAGGAAUUGGUCACUGUGGUGGGGGUCAUUUCUUAUUUUACGGACACUAAUACUAAUGCUAACCUCAGUGUGUUUCUAGUGGGAAAGGGCUAUGGAAGUUCGGACAGCUCAAAGCUCAUUAGCACUCGGUUGCUGGAGGAACAUGGAGAAAUGGAUGUUUUUGAGAACAUGGUUGAAGCUUCCACUAUUCAAACGAGUCCGUUUAUCCAUCGGUACCACCAUGAUUUUCGCUACAUGUUUAAAGAUAAUGGCUACAUCUACUUUCUGUUCUCCCGCACUCCUGGCACUAGCGACAGCAGGAAGAUUACGUUUAUAGCACGACUUUGCGAGAAUGACCAUCAUUAUUAUUCUUACACAGAACUUCAACUCAGCUGUACCAUUAGCACUGAACAACAAGAGAACACAUUCAACAAAGUCCAAGCAGCGUAUCUGGCUAAACCUGGAAAGGUUUUGGCUCAGAAUAUCGCCUCAUCAAAUUCAAAUGAUAAGGUUCUGUUUGGAGUUUUCAGUGCAGAUAAGGAGGAUGGGCGGUCAGCAUUGUGCAUGUACCCUCUUAGCAGCAUUAAUGCCAGGUUUGAGGAGGUGAUUGAGUCCUGCUACACAGGAGAGGUUCUGGAGGAUGACAAACCAAAAACUGUUUAUUCACCCUACAACUCCAAGAAUGAAGCCAUCUGCAAGACCAAAAGAGAUAAGAAUAUGGCUAAGACAUAUACAUGUGGUGCAGAGUUCCUGCCCUCUCCACUAGCCAGUAAACCUGAGUAUGCUUUAGCCGUCAAGCCCAUCUACACCAGCAAUGACAUGCUGACAGCUGUAGCUGUGGCGGUGGAGAACGAACACACUGUGGCAUUCUUGGGAACCAGUGGAGCAGAUGUCUUAAAGGUGCAUCUUGACCCAAACCACACUGACUUUUACAACAGAAUUCCAGGGGAACGUGCAGAUGGUGCGGUGAACAAAAACCUCUUAUUUGAUACAAGUUUGGAUCACCUCUACAUCACCACUGGCAAAAAGAUCUCCAAAAUGCCAGUGCAGGCCUGUGAGAAGAAAAAAGACUGUCGCUCAUGUUUGUCCCAACGGGACCCAUAUUGUGGCUGGUGUGUUGAGGAGUGCCGUUGUACCAGGAAAAAGAAUUGUCACAAAGGUGAAGGACAGAAUGUCUGGUUGUGGGGUUUAGAUCAAACAUGUCCCAUCAAUAUCUGCAUUGCAAAAUGAAUCUCCAAAUGGGACGAGCACCCCUCCUAUACUGGGAGGGACUUAAAAAGCAAGUAGGCUGUACUAUAAAUAGGUGGAACCUUGCAGUAUUACUCAAUUGCUAUGUUUGAAUAUGCCAGUAGUUACUCAAAGCACUUUUUUACAGAUAUAUAAUUUAGGAGUAUGUCCAGCAGCAAUCCAUACUUAUUUUAAGUGCUUUAUUUUUUUCUUUUCUUUUUUACAUACUUUUAAUUGUUAAUAGAUGAGACAUACAGUACAAAAAUCUGCAGAGUCCACAGUAUUGAGAACAACUGAUGUAGUGUGGAAGAAAAGAUCUAGAGAGGAUGAUAUUACAUUGGAAAGACAAGAAAGGAAAUGUAUUUUGCUUUAGUGCCACCUGGCAGAUGAGUUGGUGCCUCUCAAGAAGUAGUAAAUGUAAUAAAGACAUGUAAAUCAGAAAAGUGUAGAGGUUUUACCAGAACAGAAGACCUCUGAGUUGAUGCCAUGGAGUGUUCGUCCAUUUGCUGAGCAAAUAAAAAAUUGCUGAAAAAAUUA